AGCUGGGACAGUGGCGGCGCAGGCUGAGCCUCCGCACAGCCUGCCGGGGUUUGGGCUUCUUCCCCAUCACGCCCUCCUAGUUGCCCUAGUGACUGUGUGACCCCUCUCCCCCUGCACCGCCUGCUGCUGCCAGGGCCAGCUGUAUAAAUAGAGGCGAGGAGCAGCUGGGCUCUCUUGGCAGUCACCAUGAGGGCGCUGGUCCUGCUCGGCUGCCUCCUGGCCUCGCUCCUGCUCCCAGGACAAGCAGAACUGCAAGUCUCCACAUCGGGUGGCACAGAAGAUGUUGGCAAUUUGUUGGAGAAUCAUUUCUCUGCCGGAGAUGCAAGUCUAGAGGAGAAAGAAAGGGGUCUGUAUGCAGACACAGCUCCUCAAGAUAAGAAUCUGCUCCUUCACUACCCAGAUGGCAGGGAGGCUGAGAGCCCCGAGAAGACCCCUGCAUCUGCUGCCAGCCCGGGCUCUGAUCCUGAAGCCAGCCUCUCCAAUGCCUCAGCCACAGAGUCACCUCUACCCCGGGAAAGGGACGACAGGGAUGCUGCAGGGCCUGGGGAGGAAAAGAACGGCCCACCAGCAGCAAGUGCUCCUCCCUCUGUGGAAGAGGAGCUGCCGGAGCCCAGUUCUGGAGAGGGGCUAGGAGAGGAGCCUGGGCUUGGGCUCCUCAUGGAGGGAGCUGUUGUUGGAAAGUCAGGAGGACAGGCUGAGGGCUGUGAACUCCCUGAUGCAGCCCAGGAGGUCCCAGGGGAUAGCCCUGUGCAGGGAGCAGUGGCAGGGACAGCAGAGCCAGAGGCAGAGGGGGCGUCUCCUUGCUCAGAGGGUGAUGGGGUCCACUCACUGAACACAGAGGCCGAGGGCAGCCCUGGGCCUGGCCAGGAGUCUGGAGUGCCAGAGGCAGCCCCUGACGUUGCGACUGUGGAGGGAGAGUCUGAGUUGGUUAUUGACACACAAGCCAGGGAGGGCACCGAGGACCAGGGGGAGCCUGACCCAGCUGCAGAAGCCAAUGCGGAGUCUGGGGGCACCCAGGGCGCCGAGGCAGUGGACACUGAGGAGAAGCAGUCCCCAGUGAUGACCGAGGAGGACGCAGAUGAGGCCUCCUCUGAAGAGGAAAGUGGCGAUGGAGGUGGAAGCGAGGAAGAAGGAGGCGUUCCCUCCGAAGAGGAGUCCGAAGAGGACAGCGGUGGUGGAGCUAGCUCAGAAGAAGCAGAGCGUACCUCCAAGGAUGCCGGGGAGCCCCAGGAAGUCCUGGAGCCCCAGGAAGCCCAGGAGCCCCAGGAAGCCGAGGAGCUCCAGGAAGCUGGGGAGCCCCAGGAAGCCAGGGAGCCCCAGAAGGCCACGGAGCCUCAGGAGGCCAGGGCGCCCCAGGAAGCCCAGGAGUCCCAGGAAGCUGGGGAGCCCCAGGAAGCCGCAGGAACCUCAAGCCAUGGGGACAGAGGAGCCCAGCCUGGCUUGGAGGAAUUGAAUACAGAGCCCGCAGGCAGUGAGAUCCCGGACUCGAAGGCGGAGGAGCCUGAGGAGGGACAUCAGGGGAGGGGGAAUCCCAUAAUUGCUGCCCAGGAAGAGGCGGAGGAUGCGAAUGAAGAAGCCCCAUUGAGGGACCGCUCCCACAUCGAGAAGACCCUCAUGCUGAAUGAGGACAAGCCAUCUGACGACUACUCUGGUAACCAGGGGAGGGAGACACACCCAGGCUGCCAGGGGCCGGGCAGACCCCUGGAGGCUUUGGAGAGCCAGGGCGCGCCAGGGCCUUAUCCCAGAGGCCAGAGGGGACCUUGGGGAGGAGGAGAGCCUUCCUAUUGGUUCCUCCUCUUCCUCCUAGAAAGAGGCCAUCUGGGUUAUGUGACCCCUUCAGGAGUGUCUGGGAGUACAGUGACAGGCCAGGGCCAGGGUACCGUAUGGCAUGAGAUCACAGAUGGAGAGAUUACCUCCAAGCCUAUGGUGCUGUUCCUGGGACCGUGGAGUGUUGGUAAAUCUACCAUGAUAAACUACCUCCUUGGGCUAGAAAAUACUCGCUAUCAGCUCUAUACAGGCGCUGAACCCACCACCUCUGAGUUCACGGUCCUAAUGCAUGGGCCGAAGCUGAAAACCAUCGAGGGCAUCGUCAUGGCUGCUGACAGUGCCCGCUCCUUCUCACCCCUGGAGAAGUUUGGCCAGAAUUUCCUGGAGAAGCUGAUUGGCAUUGAGGUUCCCCACAAACUUUUGGAGAGGGUCACUUUUGUGGAUACACCAGGCAUCAUCGAGAACCGCAAACAGCAAGAAAGAGGCUACCCCUUCAACGAUGUGUGCCAGUGGUUCAUCGACAGGGCAGACCUUAUCUUUGUUGUCUUCGACCCAACCAAGCUGGAUGUGGGUCUGGAGCUGGAGAUGCUCUUCCGCCAGUUGAAGGGGCGUGAAUCCCAGAUAAGGAUCAUCCUCAACAAGGCUGACAAUCUGGCCACCCAAAUGCUCAUGCGGGUUUAUGGGGCCCUCUUCUGGAGCUUGGCCCCUCUCAUCAACGUCACAGAGCCCCCACGGGUUUACGUCAGCUCCUUCUGGCCACAAGCAUAUAAGCCAGACACCCACCAGGAACUAUUCCUCCAAGAAGAGAUCUCCCUCCUGGAAGACCUGAAUCAGGUGAUCGAGAACAGAUUGGAGAACAAGAUUGCCUUCAUCCGCCAGCACGCUAUCCGGGUCCGCAUCCACGCCCUCCUGGUUGACCGCUACCUGCAGACUUACAGGGACAAAAUGACCUUCUUCAGCGAUGGAGAACUGGUCUUUAAGGACAUUGUGGAAGAUCCCGAUAAAUUCUACAUCUUCAAGACCAUCCUGGCAAAGACCAAUGUCAGCAAAUUUGACCUUCCCAACCGUGAGGCCUACAAGGACUUCUUUGGCAUCAAUCCCAUUUCCAGUUUCAAACUGCUCUCUCAGCAGUGCUCCUACAUGGGAGGUUGCUUUCUGGAGAAGAUUGAGCGGGCCAUCACUCAGGAGCUUCCGGGCCUCCUGGGUAGCCUCGGGCUCGGAAAGAAUCCAGGUGCUCUCAACUGUGACAAAACAGGGUGUAGCGAAACCCCCAAAAAUCGCUACAGGAAGCACUAGGUGGUGUAGUGGUUCUUGGGUUCCUGUUGGUGAAUGAGCUUGUGUCCUAACUGUCUGAGAAGUCGAGGUUUAUUAACCCUUUGAGCCACCCUGGCAGGAAUGAUUACACAGUGGAGAUUUGGGAGUUCAUUGAGGCCAGGGGCCGGGGCAGGUGCGUGGGUCUCAGGAGGAGAGUGGAAACUGUGAAUUCUAGUGCGCUUGUCUUGUUGCUUCAAUGAGGAGGCCUGAUUGAGGCAAGUCAGCCUCCACCUGCUUUUCCUGGGUCUUGUCUUGGAAGGACAGAGAGCAGCUAAAUUCUAGUUUUUCUGAAAUCAGUGAGGGUCAAAUAAGCUAAAAACAGCUGAAGUUCCUUUGUCCCCUGGGGGCUGGGAAAACAGCAAAGGCCUGCGUCCUAGAGAUUGUCAGGUCCGUCUGGCUUCUUUCCACACCCACAGGCUUGUGUCUGUUCCCCAGCCCUUGGCUGCUUCUUAACUUUGGGUUGACUUUCAACAGUGAACAAUCUCUUGAGUCUGAAUAUACCUGGGUUUUUUGUUUUGUUUUGUUUUUGUUUUUGUUUUUUUUUGUGAUGGAGUCUCA